AUCUAGAGGCAGGUAGUGUAAGCAUGACUUGUCUUGACAGUAGCAGACUUGGUUUUGAGUUAUCAGAACAUGACCUUGGGCCACUUUGCUGGCUCGUGCUGUUGAUUUUCAAUGUAUGUACUACUUAUUUGAGAAGGUUGCUGUGAAUAAAGCGUCAUAUUAAUGUAAUAUGAUUUUUGUCUUGAAAAAUGGAAUUUUCUCUGGGGGUUAGAUUUGCAUUUUUGUAACAUGCUAGGAAUUCUUUUCUUCCUUGCUCUGAAAGUUACCCAUCUUAUCUCUUCUUUUCUUUCUAUUCCUGGUAGAUGAAGUUGGAUUGUGAGAGAGGUGAUAUGGUUGAGAGAUGAUAUGGUUAGUUAGUUUGGUAAACUGCAGGAACUUUGGGAACCUACCACAUACAGAGAUAGUCUAAAUGCAACUUUGUUAACUCAGAAUCAUUCCUGAAAGUAAAGCUCUUUAAGUGUAAAAAAGCAAACUCAUCCUAAAUGUCAGUACAUCCACUGGGGCCAAAGACAGCAGGUAAUUAGAAGCAAUUAGCUGUCCCCCUGCUGGGAGAAUAGGCAAUUACCUUUUUUCUCUCUUUCCUUUCCUUUUCUCCUUCCUUUCUCCUCCAGUUGAAACUGUAGUGGUUACUUUUUCCCUUGAGCAGCAACGUACGCGGAGCUGGCACAGAAAUGAGGAAUGAGCUGAGCUCUGGGUCGAUCUCCUCCUCCUCCUGCUGCCGCCGCCGCCGCCCCCAGAGCAGUGCAUUGUGGAGGGAACAACGAAAGCCCAGUUAGACUCGUGCUCUUGGCAAGGGUCAGGUCCGUCUCACUUCUAAGUUGCUCUGCAGGACAGGGGAGCUGUCCAAGGUGCUACCCAUCCCCUGUCCCAGAGGUCCUUCUCUGCGCUCUCAUCUCCCAACGUUCACUGGCUUUCUGGUCUUCCCAGAUCCCACCCUCUCUGCCUUUACAGCUUGCCCUUUCUCUUCCCCUCACCUUCUGGGUGUCGCUUGUUCUCCACCUUGGGGUAUUCGCUGCAGGAGGAGAUCAUGGUGUUUGCUCCAGGUGAGAGACCUGGAUCUGAACCUGAAGAAGCAAAACUACAGACUGCCAGCAAGCAAAUUGUCCAAAAUGCCAUCCUUCGAGCUGUACAACAAGUUUCCCAGGAGAGUCAACAAAAGGAAGAAUGUACCACAACCAGCAGGGACAGACUUCAGCUAGGGGUGGGAAAGCUUACCAAGAAGCAUGCAAAGAAAUAGCUGAGCCACCCUGGUCUUCUUUUCAGUACUGCUCUGUUUGCAGCUUUCCUCUUAGAAUCCAAUGUGUCCCACUGUAACAUUACCAACAAAGCCAGCCAAAGCGUAAUUAGCACCUAGUGGUAGUGUGACACAGUAGCUGACCAGUAUUGCUUUCAAGAGCAUUAGGUGACCAUAUCUGUAUUUUGGCAGUGCCUCUUAAACAUAUCAGAGAAAGAAAAGUGACAUUGAAAUUGCAAGUGUAGUUUGAAGCACAAUUUCAUCUUGGGGCUUAAUACUCUAGCCCCUUCUCCCCACUUUUUUUCUUCCAUUUCUGCCUUUCUGCAUCUCUGUAGAAAUGAGUUUGAUUGACCAACUGUGAAGUCCCUGAAUAUCUUUCUCACUAAUUUAGCAUCUUUCAGAAAUAGACCAAACAAACAACUUUGUGGGAAAGAGAGGGAUUAUCAUUUCAGAUUACUUUGAAAUAGUGAAAGUUGUACUACAGCAAAUUGAAAGCAAAAUGCUAGGAUAGCAGCCAUUUGUAGCCAUUGAUUCCCAUUGGUACCCAUGGAUAGGUAAACAUAUAUAUUUAAAAUCACUAUUUAAAAACAAAUUGAGAUUUCCUAAGAGCAAGUCUUUAAGUAAUAUUUUCCUCCUGAAUCACAGGGUGGUGGUGAAUUAUAUUUAUCCUCUUCUAUGCAGAAAUCCUCUGGGGAUACCAAAAAUUCCUGUUUGCAUCAGGUAUUCUUGUUUAUAUCCCUUUAAUAUCAUCAUGAACAUCAGGCAGAAUCCCAGGACUCCCAAGAUGAGAUUCACCCACAGUAAAAUUGGUUCUUUUUAGGACUGGCCCUUGGUCCACAUUCUAGGGAGGAGCCCGAGAGUAUGACAAAUACUAUUUGAUCAUAUUGUUGAAAUCCCAAGCUACACAUCUUCAUUAGUACCUCAUUCUGGGAAAGAUUAUUCUACCCGCAAGCCAGCUAUGACUUUUUUCUUUAAUGUAUCAUUAAAAAUUACACGAAUUCUUUCCCUCCUCAAACUCAUUUAAUUUCCCCUCAAUACUUUGAAGCUUGAACACAUAAUAGGAAAGGCAGCCUUUGUGACUGUAUAAGCUAAAGUGUGUGUGUGUGUGUGUGUGUGU